AUGUCGUUAAGAUCGGUUCACACACUUGGGAUCCGUGAGGCUAUCAAAAACCGUGGAGUUCUUGGUCUAAAGGCCCAUAAGACGAAAAUACACAAUAUAACCACAGAAAUUCAAAGAAUCGCGCUAACGUUGGGUCCACAAUCUGAUGGACAGCAAGUUGUUCUUUCAGCUCUCUCAUAUUUGCAAUUUGCUGGUACUGAGAUAGAUCAUGCACUAAGCAUCGGUAUAGGGAGUAUUUCGGACUUGGAUUCUACUCCAAUGUUCCAAACGUUUAUAACCGAGUUUGCUAUUGUCACACGAGUGAUGGGAAUAGUUAUUCCGUACGGACUUGAGUUCUUCGGAAACGAUCGGGAACCUUUUUUUAUUCCACAAAUGCUUGAGAAGGCCAUUAGUAUUCUUUCCCUUACUGUUGGUGGACGAUCUAUCCCACUUUUAAAUCAUACCCGAGAUACACAGAUGUUAUUGCAGUCAUUGUGCCAUUCUUGCGGUCUCUUUUUCAUCACUGUGAGUUGUAGUCAAACGACCACUUUGGAUACUAUGCGUUCAUAUCUUCGUGGGGCGUUGGGAACAGGUGCAUUUUUUUGUGUGAGUGAGUACAGAAAGCUUGAUGUUGAAAUUCAGUUUUUUUUAACGGAAUGUUUUCGUAGGAUUCAGAAUGGAAAUCUUGCAUGCGCUUCGAUAAAUUUUGUCACAGGACUGGCACUAGAAACGCAUAGUGAGUUCACAAAAGCAUCUGUCCAUCCGAAUUUUAUGGGGGUUAUCACCGCGAGCGAGCCUCUUCACAAAAUCACGCGUGAGUUUUCCCAAGAAUAUCGCCCGAUCUAUCUGCCACGCAUGAAGUUAGUUGAUGUAAUCUGUGUUUAUCUCGAUGCUUAUGGGAUCACCGAUGAAAGUCAGACUGCUAGCCCAAAGUUUGCAGUCAUGUACGAGCACCUACAAGAGAUUUUUCCUUCUGUAUUUACUUAUCCUAAACUGCUCGCAGUGUUACAGUACGCAACAAAAAGUGGUUUGUGCAACGAGGGGCACGCUACAGACUGCCUCUUCGAGGCAUUUACGUGCAUUUUUGCAUCCGUACUAACCGAAAGCAAGCAGCUAAAAGCCUUAUUAGAGUUUUAUGUAAAGCACACAUUAGGUCUUCCCGUUAGCAACUUAAGGCGUACUCUCUCUACUUUGCUCCUUUCAAAAAGAAAUGUGAAAUCUGAAUUUGCUGAGACAAUAUCCUUCUGCCAUCAAGUUAUGAUUUCUGGACCACACUUUUCUGGCAAAGCAAAGCUUUGGAGGGAUUUUGUUGGAAAAGACAAACAUGUUGUUCUAUGCACUUCUCUCAUGACUGCGCAUGAAUUUUACGAGCACAAUGCUGUGGAGGGUAUAUUGAAAGUGUUGGCAGGGGUUGCAGCGACUCCAUUAGAGCGUCACUUUGUUAUUAUUGAGGAUGAGACCUUUUUGUGCGCUACAUCUUGGAUAAAUUUGAGUCUUUAUGGACGUGUACUUGGGCCACGGAAGACUAGCUUUACGUUAACUCCUUCGUCUUAUAUGAUAGUGUGUACAAACACUUUACAGCAUACCGAUCCGCAUGUAAUUUGUGACUUUGCAAUAUUUUCACUGCCCGCUCCUUCAGACUGGAGAAGCUUUCUGCGCGAUCGUUUGCAUAAUGCUCCCGGUUGUGAUGUGGCCACUAGUGUGAUGGAAAUGGUUCUUCCAGUCGUCUGGACAGCAGUUGAACAUGGUGAUUGCAAUAAAAUUCAUGAAGAUGUGCUCAAUACCAAUUUAGGGUUCUAUGCUAUUUGCAAGCAAUGCAUCAAUUUGUAUUUUAGGUGGUACAAUUAUAUUGCGCAACCAUAUUGUUCACCAACUUCCUUCGUGAGGGAAGAAGUUGCAGACCUUCAACUAAAUACGCAUGUAUUCGCAGCUCGGUGUGUUGUUCAGGCAAUUUGUUGGAGCAUGGGUUUGGCCUUAGAUCCUUAUCAGCUUGAUCACAUGAAAAAGGCUUUACUCGGAGUCGAAGAUAGUCUUAAUGAAUUCAUGGAGAAUUAUAAUUCAAUGGAUAAAAUACUUCCCCCUCUUGAAGAAAACGAAAAUAUGCUAGACUUCGUAGUAACACGGAGCGGAUGGAAGCUGCUAAGUGAGGCUAUUUCUCAUAUUAAUGACCUUUCGUGGUCUGAAUAUGCAAAAAUUGAUCCACAAUCGGAGGCAUCGUCACAACGAUUUCCUACACCGUCGCGCCUUUCUACCUUACGUGUAAUAGAAUGUCUUAUCAAUUGCGGCCAACAUGUCUCGAUCCUCGGUUCUUGCGGAAGCGGGAAGUCAUCUUUACUAAAGAGUACUCGUCUAUGCGAACGAUGGAUUCAGCACUUUGUAAAUUGCAGUAAAGAUUUCAGUCCGAUUAGAACUCAGAAUCAAUUGGCUUCACAGCUUUUACCGAGAAGUACUUCAACCUUCGGGCCUCCCUUAGGCUCCAAACUCGUUGUUUGUAUAGAUGACAUGCAUUUAUCGUCAUCGACCCAUGCUAAUGUUCCGAUUGCUUCAAGCUUGGUGCUUUUUUACGAGAAGUAUUCCGCUAUCAGCACCCCAACUCUUGGUUUCAUACCAACAACAGAUCUGGUUUAUGUCGGCACAACUUUAGGGGGCUUACGUAUUCCAAGUGUGCAAUGUGCAUUCAUAAAUGUGUACUUGCCCCGCAUGCAGGGUUCCGAACUUGUGAAUGGUAUUUGGAAGCUGCUAGAGGCUACAUGCGGGAAAAGGCGCACGGAUGCAUUUCCUCGUGAGUGCACUUCAUUUGUCAUUCUGGCCUAUAGAGCCGUUGAACGUGCUAUAGCGGGAAAUAGUGUCAUUGGUUCGGGACUUCGUGGUGGUAACGAUAUUUUUCACACAGCAUCAGUUCCAUGGGUUUCUAUGGGGAGAGGGUUGUCACUGAAUGAUACUAUUUCCUCACAACUCGAGGCGAAAAUUGUGGAGGCCGAGAGUAUUCUACCACAACGUUUUGGUCUUGCUUUGCAUGGCGUCGAAAUUGCUCGUCGACAGCUCAGCAGCGGUAUUUCUGACCUCCAAGUAGCGGUUAAUCUGUUCGUCGGAGUGGAGAGCCUAUACGUGGGGCACUAUGCAGCCGACGCAAACAGGGAAAAUUUAUGGGAAGAUAUUUUGGACUGUGCACAGGCUACCCUUGGGAAGUGCCUGGGUGAUAGCAAGUUUUUAGCAGCAAUAAAACAGGAGAGAUGUGAUGAGCUCUAUAGUUCCUCCAAUAGGCAAAUGUGUGUCUUGAAAUGGUUUGAAGGAAUUCAUACAUGCCUAAGCGAAACAGGUAUUCAACCAUUAGCUGAAAUGAAUCCUUAUGCGUCAAAUCAUUCAUUUGAAAACAAGAACGUUGACAUAAGCACGGAUUUAUACUGCGACAGAGGUCAACUUUCGAUAUGUGUGACAACUCCUAACUCCUUUUCAGUAGCCAGUCUCAGUCAAAAUUCGUCUUUGGUAUCUCCAUCUCUUUGGGAGUUGUCUCAACGACAAAUUAAACACAUCAAAGGCACAUCACGCUCUGAUGAGCAGACAUGUUUUUCGUCAGUGGAUAAAUGGAAAUUCGAAGCAACUACUUUCAUAGUCGCUGAUCGAGUAGAUACCAUUGCUUCCAUAGUAACUCAAUCGAAGUGUAUUACAGAAAAUGCGUUUGAGAUUGUGCAAACUGUAAAACACAUGGGUUCACCUCUUCAUAUAGUAAUUCUGUGCAAAUCAAUCUUUGAAAUAGUUUCCCUUACUUUUAUAGUAGUUGUUGCGACUCGAUUUCCUGUAGCUUUAAUCCGGCCUUACCGCGGUUAUUAUUAUACCGGCAAGGAGGCAAAAUACGACUUCAACUCAUUUGCAACUGAUAUGAAGACCCUUGUUAACUACGUUUAUGCAAAUAAUGUGCGCAUGGUGGUUGUGAUUCCAAAUAGUGUCUUAAGUAUCCCGCUUGUAAUGCGGCAGAUUGAUCUUUUGAUUUCUGUGGGUGACCUUAGUGAAAUUUUUUCUCGAGAGGAACUCUGGUGUUUAGUUCACGGGAGUUCCACUUUCCAUCCGAACCAGUUGACCUCACGCCAUAUCAUGGGCGUGUUGUCUCCCAGCGAAGAAGAAACUCUAUACGCUUAUAUCCGUCAGUGCUUCAUCUUUAUUUUACAGAUAUAUGAUGAAAAUAAUUUGAACAAUUCCUUAGAAUCAGGGCGUUACCGCUGCUUUGCUCAUAUACGCAUACUUCGAGGGUUGGACAUCGAAGGGGUAGUUUCUAUGCAGCGUGGAAUAGUAUACAGUAUUAUUUCCAGGCGAAACAAAAGCCAUAACAGCACCGAAUUCAAUUAUUACAAUUGUGGAUCUCAAGAGCUAGCGGAUUUAGUAUACUCCUUUUACGAAGCCUCACAGGAAUUUUUUCCAGACAUUCGUGAAGAAUGCAUUUCAGAUUUUGCCUCCCUUGUUAUAUAUAUUGAGAGAAUGUGCGCAGAAAAGAUGAAAGAUAAUGCUUUAAUUGCAACGGUAUUAGUUGAUCGUGGUGAUGUAGUUACAAAAUUGAUCAAGAAUAAUGCUCAGCUCUCAACUCAGGCAACUGAGGAACUUGACAGGCUUCGAGAGGAUAUUGUAGAGCUUACAAAGAGGCUGGAAGAACAAAACAUGCAUUUGGAACAUUACAGAGCGGAUUUCCAAAAGGCACAGAAGGAUGUGGAAGAAGGCGCUUUAGAGCUUUCCAAAUAUGAGUCUGCUCAGAAUACAUUGCUAGCCAAGGCCAAAGAAAUGGUCUGUGAGGCUGCUGUUCCAUUAAAAAAGGUUAAGCCUCCUGCGAUUCAACUACUAAGUAAAUCUUUAAGCUCCAAGAAACUCAUUCUCCUCAUCCGUGCUGUGUAUUGUGUUCUUGGCGAAGAAAUUCCAAGGUCAAUUAAGCACCCCAAUGAGUUAUGGGCAGCAGGGAUACGACGGAUGUGUGCACCUGGGUUUGUUCAAUCUAUUAUUGCAGCUUCUACAGAAAAUGUUGUGGAUCCUCCCACUCUUCUAUUACUGGAAAGGGAUCUCAAAAAAACUGAUUUCGGAAAAUCGAGUGUAUGCGCUCAGUUAAUAGUGGAUUAUAUUUUAGCAUUCAUAAAAAAACUGCGUGUUCAGCAAGCUAAGAUUGACGAUAAUAAUACAUAUUCUGUUCAAAAGGAAUUAAACCAAGACGCUGAGAAUCGCUUGAAACAAUGUACCUGUCGUGUUUAUACGAUAUCUGAAGAAAUAUGCACAAUUAAAGAAGACAUUAAGGAGUUAGAGAGAAAGUGUUGUGAAGUACAAGAGAGACAACGUUUGUCCGUUGAGCGAGGGAAAAGACUGUUUGUGUACCUCAACAGCAUAGAUUCCUUUACGCGUUUUGCAGCACCUGUAGAAGACAUUGAUGAGCAAGUCCGGCGUGCUAACUGUGCACAAGGCGACACACUACUGAUGGCUGCGUACAAUUCUUUAUUAUCCAUGCAUUAUCCCAACGAUGCACUUUACAAGAAUUUCCAAAAUAUUCUUCAUGAUCACGGCGUUCCCUUUACAGAAGGCCCAGAAGUGCCGGCAAGGGAGCUUUUGUUUCGCAAUCACGGCAGCUUAAUUGAUUUACUUAUUUCACCUGCUUUACCAUUUCGUCAUCGUUGUGCGUUGUAUAACCUCCACCAGCAUAUUGUUCGCCGAUGGCAGCUUUUUGGUGGUGUAUGUGAAUUUUUUAAUGAGAUUCUCAAAGAAUAUCUCUUAUACACCUGCAACGGAUGCAUGGUGGUAUCAGUACACGAUAAUAAUGCUAAGAAAAGUCUUAUACAGGCUAUGCAAUCUGGAAGCGGAGUUCUUUUGUACAACUUGGAGACCGACCCAAUGUCAACAGAGCUUAUUGUUGCUCUUUUUCCACUCUUUGGAAAACUUGACAUCGAGUGGGAGAAUUGUCGUCCGGGUGUUCAUAUGAAAGGUUGUGCUGGUAACGGCACUACAAAGGGCGAAAAAGGGAUUCCAUUUUACGUGUUUGGUCAAAAUAUUGUGGUACAUCCCAAGUUCAAUUUGAUUUGUGUUUCCUUUGCCUUGGUCAGACCUUUUUAUGCUCGUGAGAGUUUAUGUACAACUAUUUUCAGCUACGUGAGUCUCACUAACUUCUUUGAGCCUAUUCCACUCAGCGUUCGCAUCUGGUACGGUCUUCUCCAUUCCCGAGGUACGCUGAGGAAUGUUAAAGAGGGGUUGCAUAAACUAAGGCGGCGUAUCUUUUCUGAGGUAACUUCUUUUAUCGGAAAGCAUGACCAUUCUAGUAAAUUACUCAGCGGUGACUUGGAGCAUAUUUCGAAUUGUGAGAAGCAUGAGCUUGAAAUACUCGAUGAAAUUCUGAAGGAUGCAAAUGCACAUGAUGGACAGAUUGCCACUCUAAAGGUCCAGUUGCAGAUGAUCCACAAACAGAUAGCAGAGGCUUGGCCUCCCAUUGAAACUUCAUUGAAGCAGUGUGCAGAGUUGUUGCGGUUUAUAGAAGCCGAUAAGCUUGGCCGAUCGUGGGAUGAUCGCGUAAUCGACCCCUUUUUAAGCUCUGCGACUUCUACAGUUCCAAAUGUUGGCACUAGUUUCGCGUCUCUACGAUUUAAAGAUCACACACUAGCACAAAAGCAGUUUUAUGCUGUUGUAAAUUUUGUUGAUAAUAUUGUUUCAUGCUUUUCAUGUGGUUGGCCACUAUCUGUCCGUGGAUUUUUUUCUGUGCUCAUUUUACAUGGUGCAUUGCUUGCAAGCGGUAGUAUUAGCUCAUAUUUGGGGGCUGUAUUUCCCACCCUUGAAAUUCUCAAUCUGGCACAGUACAAUGCAUUGUUAUCUAUCUUUGGAAAAGAUAGUAAAUAUAACAUCGUCGAUUUUCCAUUGUCGUCCUGUGAUCUCCCCAAAGAUUGUGAGAAUACUGAGAAAACGGGUACAGAAGGCAUCAAAAGGCUAAUUUCACAGGUGUACUUAGACUCAGGGGAUACAGUUCUGAAGCGAAUCGUCUCCAAAAAUCUAGACAACAUUGAAAAUAGUACAAGCUCAUCUCAGUCUGAUUUUUCAUCUCUGGUGCCCAAUUUUUUUCAAUUUCUCCUUCGUAAUGAUUUUCCACGUUGUGAAGAUAUUGCACUUCGUCUGUACGCCAGUACACUUGACGCGCUUAAAGGCAACAACCUAAAAUUUGCCGCACCUCAUAGACAAAGCAGUCAUAAGGUGUCAGAAAUGACCUAUUCGACAGUCCAAGAGAUGGUUCUGACCAGCAACAAUAACUCGCUGGUCGAUUGCACAAGUUCUGCCUCUAGCUUUUCUCAUUCACAACUCUCUACAGUUAGCUGUAAUUUUCCUCUUAUCCGUCUUUAUAUGCGAGAGCAACUCUGGGAGCAGAACGCAAAGCACUGCCUACCGUUGUAUAUGGUGAGUCGCAACCCUUAUGCGACGUUAUAUGACAUUCAGCAUGAAGCAGACUUGGGAAACUGGGUGUACGAACAACAUGAAGUGAUAGGCCUUAACGUGGAAACCAAUAUGCUAGCAAUACGUAUUGUGAACUGCUUACUUAAGCCGCACAUGAGAGACAACUUCAAGGGCUUUUGGUUUGGACUUUUUGUGGACUUAUCAUCACCCAAAACAAAAAAAGCAAUUAGUGAAAAUACGAAUAUAAAUUACGGUAAAUGUCUAGUUGAAAGUAUUCAUAAGAUUAUUUCAACUUACAUCGGUUCGAAUUUUCUAGUAGAGGGAGAUAAUGAGAGCUUUUCAAAUCGAAUUUUGAUGAGGUUUGUACUGGUGUGUACCCCUGAAUCUCAUCACUUAUUAUGGAAGGGUGCACACGAGUUUCGACCAGGGCGUUGUUUGUAUAUUUCUGACGAGCUCACCACACCUCAAAGGCACUUAUUGCAUCUCUUAGAGGAUAAAACGUUUCAAGACAUGCUGGCACAACAAAGUAACCAGGAUUUAGAGAGGCUUUUGCCAUCUGAUUCUCCGCUUCAAUCGAAAGAAAUAUUUACCAUGUCACCAGACUCCAGUAGGGUGAUGACAGCACAGGGGUCAGGUACAGGAGUUUUUUUCACCGAUCGGAGAGCGAGUGGGAAGUUUUUCAGAGGAACUCAGAACGUGCCGGUGAGAGGCGCUGUCUCUCCCAUGUGGAGAAUUCUAAUAAAGGAGCUAUGGUUCGUGCAUAUUAGUAUUUCUGCGCGUCGUCGCUUGUUAAAUGACUUUAAGCGUAUUCAUCUCGAGACAUAUUUUGAUGAUGAACAUUGCGCUGAUCUAUAUUUCAACGAUGAUGCAGUGAUAUGUAGUGACCAUAUUCUGAGAUUUCUUAUUCAGCUUAUACAGAGGAUUUGGAAUGACGAUUGGACAUGGAGGAAGUCGAAUUGUGAAUUUACAGAGGUUGCUUCAGAAAGAGAUUCCGGUCCCAUAAUGUCGCUCAUUCCUACUGCAAGUACUUCCAAGGGCCUUAGAGCGCAUUAUUACUACCGUAAUCAGCGUCGAGCGUGGCAACAACUUCAUCAAGAAAUUGCUCGUGUACAGCUUGACUUCACUACUAUGUCGAAGUCCAUGAGCCAAGGCACAGACAACCAAAUUAUAGAAAGCAGCAAACAUAAGCCAUCCUUACAUUCUACAACAUUUGAGCCCUUCAAUUUAUCACAAAUAUUGGAUACAAACUCGAUUGACUUUACGUGGAUCCAAAAAUUAGUUUACCAAUUGUACACCAUACUAACCGAGGAGGAUGGUGCCAAUGUGAAUGUUAAUGACCAUGAAACACUAAAGCUGUUGUUGAAGGUGAUGAUUGUUCUACCAUCCAACUACGAAGGGGUCGCAGACGCUGAACCGACGGUGACUUAUGGAUGGCCAUGGUUGGACUCUCCAUGCUCGUUUGUACUAAACGCAUCUGAUGCAUUUCGAAUGAUAGAGGAUGUCAAACGGUCUUCCUCAGACUUGCUGAGGCUUUGUGGCGAUACCAAUGCAGUGGUCGCGUACCGUGCAAGGGUCCAGGAACGGGUAUUCCGAUUGCUCUUCUCUACGGUAUCGUUGCGACGCCAACAUCAUAGUGAAGCUCCUCGAGGAAUUGCGGACAACAACAUGAACGCGGUCUUUCCUGAGCUCAGCUUAGCGCUUCAGCUAUCCUGUCGAGAGGAAUUGCUGAAGGACUUGGCACCCUUGAAUUUGGAGUACGCGCACUUAUCUCAGCUUUACAAUAGAUUACGGGAAAAAAAGCCAAGACUAUCACAGCGUCAUUACAGCCUAACCAUAGCAAGGGUCCUAAAUACUAUUCGUUCGUUAGCGUUUGUCACCGAGUUAGACCUGCCAUCAUCAUUGACGUCACCCAUUUAUUCUUCGUCAUACUUACCGGGGGGAAAUGUACAGGUGUGGCUACCUUCACUGAGGCAUUCGUUAGUGGUGCUUUGGAAUUUGACGAGGAGUCUUCUUUCUUUAGCUCCUGUUUCUCAACAUGGAUGGAAUUUUGGACAUCUAUCGGAGCUCGUACUGAUCGUAACCCAACGCCGGUUUUUAGCACCAUGCGAUGUGGUCUUGGAGGGCGCUUCACUUUCUGCCUGUGUUAUGGAGGAAAUCCACGCUAUAACAGGUUGGGCUCUGCCGUUUGCUUUCAAACAGCCAUGGAAGGAUCGUGAGACGUUGCUUAGCAAGGGAACAUCACAAAUACUAUACGCUGUUCCUGUCGUGAAUGCACUAUCUAUGACAGGGGGUGAUGAAAUUGUGAUUGCCAUGCGAUCCAUGUGCGUGAAAAAGGACCUUGAUAAUGGAGUUAGUGAGUUUCACACUUUUAAUUGGACAUGCGCGGAUGCUACACAACAACAUCUUGAUAUUACCAAAACGUCAGAGAUUGGAGUGGUAGAGGAGGGGAAAACCCCAUUACUGGCCUCAAUGAUGUGGAACGCUGAGCCAUAUAUCAUGAAGGUAAGGUUUUUUGAUCAUAAGCCAUGCGAGUUCUUGUGGAACGCUACCACAAAACCAGCUAAUUUGCAGUCCUAUUUGAGGCUAUUUGCCAGUAAUUCGAAGGAGCAGAAUAUGCUUACAGAAACUGAACCUACGGAUGAGAUCAAAAGCGUCUUUCUUACUCAGAAUGGUGACGAUAUUACUGAUAGUACUGUUAAAACAGCGCACUCACCAGUUUCUUUGUCAACGGAAAAAAGAACCUUUAUACAUUAUAAGGUAUCUCAACUACCCAUACCUAUUCUAACCAUUCAAUUUAAUUUUCUUGAUUGCACUAUAGAGGAUAAUUCUGCCAUUCCUUCUUUUCACCGCAUCGGGGAAGCACCACUUUGCAUUAUAUAUGAAGCUCACACACCACUAUUGUCACUUUCUGGUAAGGAUAAUAGACAAGAUAAACCAGACAUCUUUAGUGAACAAAGUUGUUCAAUCCACAAACAGGAUAAAUCAAAUCAAAAACCCACUUCUGUUGGAACUCUUGGACGGUAUGUCCUUAUCGAAUGA